AGAGAAAUUUGGGAUGUGACCUGUGGUUCCUUAUUAGUCAGACGUAAGACAGAUCGCUAAUAUAUAGAUUAAUAAACGAUAACAUGGCUUUAAUUGUCAAAGAAACACAAAGCAUCAAGGAGGCAGUGACAUUCAUCAACACUAUAGAGGUCAACAAACUGUCCAGACUUCUCUCUCGCAUUCUUCAGAAACUUCAUCUUAAGGGCGAGCGCUCCUUCAGUGAGGAAGAAGAGCAGAAAUUACAGAGUGCUUUAGGUUUAGAGAAACAGGCCCUUCAUCUGGUGCUGGAGACGUCCUCAUUCUUAUUAGAACAGGCUGUGCAUCACAAUAUUAAACCAGCAUCUCUGAAGCAGCAGCUUGAAAACAUCAAUAUUGCUCCAGACAAAGCUGAGGCAUUUAGUCAGGCUUGGGCUAUAGCUGGCCCAGAUGUGGUGGAGAAGAUUAGACAGACGAUAUUUGCCCCCAAGAAGUUGGAGCAUAUAGGCUGGCAGCUCAACCUUCAGAUGGGUCAGUCAUCACAGGCGAAGCAAAAACAGCCACAUGCCGUACUGGACCUGGGAGUCAGAGAUGAUGAGUCAGAGCAUCUACAAAAGGUCCAUGUGGAAUUUAGCCACCAGGAUCUGUUGGAAUUCUACAACAAGCUAGAGAUGAUUCAAGCCCAGCUGGAUUCGCUGACUUGAUGCUGAUGGUAUGGUGCAUAAGGGCAAGUGUGCACUGAUAUUAGCCACAUUUCCCCUUGAGUCCAGGGUCCAUGACUCAAGAAGGACUGGAGUCCUCAGUUUGUUAAUUUUUGUUUAAUAACUGCAUCAUGGUCUAAAAUGUCUAAAUUGUCAUUUCUUGCCUUUUGUGUGAGUCAGGUAUUGUGACUGAGAAUUAAUUUAUAGCACAAACUAUCGUGCCUAUUGUAGUAGGGAUGGGACUUACCAGACACCACCUAAUACAGUAUUAUCACAAUACCUGCAUGCCGAUUCAGUUUGCAUUGAGAUUCUGUGUCACAUUUUUAUCCCAAUUCAAUUUUUUUUGUACAAUUCUAAAUACACUAAAUUAAAACGGCCCCUAAUGGGUGAAUUGUCUAUGUUAAUUGUAUAAUUAAGUAAUGAAAAUGGAAUCAUUAAAAAAAAAACACACACCAAGAAAGUCUUGUCUUAAGGACCUCAUUAUUAAAUCUACCCAGAAGUUUUACUAUUUUAAAAGUGUGAGUGUGAAAUGAACAUUAAUUGAUCAGUUACUAAAUGUACUCAAGUGUAUGUGUCAGAUGGCUUUACAGAUUUAACCAUCAUAAAAUGCGACAGUGCAUUUAACAUGUGCUAAUUGAGAUUUCUUCAAACAAAUGUGCACUGAAAUUCUUUGUGCCAGUCUCUAAGGCGUGUGAUGUUUGAAUAUGAAACAGAUGACUGGACCUAAAAGUAAAACCUUAUUUUUCCUAUUUAUUUUUCUUUAUUCUCCCAAUAUGAAUUUAUUGUAUCAUUCAUUUCUGUGCCGCAACAGUGACUCAGACUUUCGUUAAAUUUGUAAUGGAAUUGCUAACGAUGGUGUAUACCUGGUAAAUAUGUAAUGAUUCCCUGCAAUGCAAGGUCAUUUUAAAAACAA